AUGAACACACGCCCAACUCGCAAGCGAUCCCUUCAGCAGGGCACCAGCCCAGCAAUACCUCAACCAGCCAAAAGGCCUCGCAUAACAGGCGGAAUGGAGCCCGAGUCAAUCCAGGAGCAGAUACUGAAACUAGACCCUCAAGCCCUCCAAAGAGCGUACCAAGUUGUGCAAAUGUCUCGUGACGCCAGCAAGAUGCGCCUGGGUGCGGAUGCAGAGUGGUGGAAAGAUGGAGGUAAGGGCCCUACGGAAUUCCGAGAUAUUCAGCUAAUGAAACUAGGAUAUAAAGAGGAGCAGGAACAUUUCGAGAAAAGGGAGAGGGAACUUGAGACCCUCAGAAUGGCGAUUAAAUCCAGACAAGGCUUUCAGCAGGGGAAGGAUCAGAGUGCUGAGCUGGAUAAAGUGGAGGAGAAGAUUAGGGCAAAGAGGGAGAUGAUCAGGAGGAAGUUUGAUGGUCUAGCGGCGCAGGCAAGGGCUCUCGAUAUGCCCUUCUUGGUGAAUCUCACUAGACUUCAUUGUAGUGGGUGGGUUAACUUGGAGCGAGCUACGGACAAGGAAGGGGAGGAUAAUGGAGAGGAUAAGGAAGUGGAGGAGUAA